CGUGUCCUGACCCCGGCCGGCCAAUCAGCACAGGCCCAGUGCCCCUUAUCCAAAAGCAGCCAGCUGCCGGCCAUGCCGUUAUGUACUUUACUGUAAUUCUCGCGCUUUUCGUCCACAUGACCAUGAAGAGACCACUCUGACACAAAAAAGAAUCUCAUUGAAUCUCAUUGAAGGAAUGAUGAGCGAGUCCACCAUGUCUGUACUCAAAGUCCUGUGCUGUCUACUUCUAACAUGUCACGCUGGAGAUGGAAGGAAGACGAGAGGAAAUCCUACAGAUGCAGCCCUCCCAGCAGACAAGUGGGGCUCUCUGAAGGCAAAAGAGCCCCACGUCAGCAGCUCGCUCUUCCGGCUGUUGGUGGCGGGGGAGGACACCUGCACGCUGGAGCCGACGCAGCUGCACGGCUUCUCAUCCUGCGGCUUCAACGCCACUAAUCCCCUCAUCAUCAUCACUCACGGGUGGUCGGUGGACGGGAUGAUGGAGAGCUGGGUGAGCAGGUUCGCCUCCAUCCUCAAGACUCAUCUGAGAGACGUCAACGUUGUGAUAACCGACUGGCAGUCCCUGGCUCACCAGCACUACCCCAGAGCGGCACAAAGCACACGUACGGUUGGAAAAGACAUAGCACAUCUACUGUCCUCACUCAAGGAGCACUAUGAAUAUUCACUCCGGAAGGUUCAUUUGAUUGGCUAUAGUCUCGGCGCUCACAUCUCUGGAUUUGCCGGAAGCUAUCUUAAAGGGCCAGAACAAAUCGGAAGAAUUACUGGUCUGGAUCCCGCUGGGCCGUUGUUUGAGGGCAUGUCGCCAACUGACAGGCUGUCGCCCGACGAUGCCGAGUUUGUGGACGCCAUUCACACGUUCACCCAUGAGAGUCUGGGUCUCAGUGUGGGCAUCAAGCAGGCUGUGGCUCAUUAUGACUUUUACCCAAAUGGGGGGGACUUCCAACCCGGAUGCCACCUGCACAACAUCUACGAGCACGUUUCCCAGUAUGGCCUUCUUGGCUUUGGGCAAACGGUGAAAUGCGCCCAUGAGCGUUCCGUGCACCUGUUCAUUGACUCCGUGCUGAACGACGAGCGUCCAAUCAGGGGCUACAUGUGCAGCGACAACCGGGCCUUUGACAAAGGCGUCUGUUUGGACUGUCGAAAGAACCGCUGCAACACGCUGGGCUACAAUAUCAAGAAGGUUCGCACAGGACACCGCAGCAAGAGGCUCUACUUGCAAACACGUUCAACGAUGCCCUAUAAACUUUAUCACUAUCAGAUGAGGAUCCAGUUUGAGCAUUCCAUGCAGAGCACCGAACCCUCGCUCAGCAUCUCCCUCACUGGUACAGAAGAGGAGAGCGGUGCACUUCCCAUUGUCUUCACCGAGCAGGUUUUGGGGAAUAAGACGUACACCUUCCUGUUCACCAUGGACAAACAUUUGGGAGAUCUGAUGUUGCUCAAGGUCCACUGGGAGGGCUCAGCUUUGUGGAAAAAUAUGUGGAACAGAGUGCAGACCAUCAUGCCUUGGGGUGGACAUGACACCAAAUCACUGCUGACAGUGGGCAAAAUCAGCAUCAAAGAUGGCGACACACAAGAACGGACAGCUUUUUGUGCCAUGACAAAUGAUGGACAUCUGGAAAUGUCCCAAAAUAAAGUGUUUGUGCGCUGUCAGCGGGAGCCACGAAAGCAGCACAAGACGAAGCACAGUGAAAGAGACACCUGCUCCAUUGACUGUUUUUCUCUUUGGGCUCCGCUUCAUGUCUAGGUGAGGAUGUAUAGUGCAAAGAUCGGGAAGGUUUCGUUGGAUAUGUGACAAAACAAAACAAAAGCAAAAAAAAAACUUUGAUUACAACACAACCUUCCUGCAGAUAGCGUUCAAAAAAGUCAGGCCAUGGUGACCCCUGUUCUAACAUUUGAGAGAAAACCAUUUGAGCAUUUGCUAGUUUAAAUAUUAGCAGGUGACACUGAACUCGCUGUUGGAAGUUCAGUGACAUUUUGUUGACUUUUCUAGGGGUAUAUCGUAGUAAAUUUAAGAUUGCAAAUGUGAAAAAAUGUCAAGAUAUCUCAAAUCUCAGGAAGGACAAGGAGUGGAAAAUGUUAAAAAGUUGGACUUUAAAGCCAGCGUGUAGAUUGGGGCUUUGGUGUGCUGUAUUUUCAGGUGGGACUUUUCAAUUUGAGCACCACUGCAAUAAGAUCAAUUUGCUCCCUUGUUCUAAAAUUGAGAUAAAAUCAGGCAGUAAAACACACCAAAAGCAUAUAACUUUCAUAUUGAGUAGAGAAAAACACCCAAAUUGUAUGAAUUCAUUCUGUAAUUUUUGAAUGCCGUUUUGAUGGGUUUCAAUAAAAAAAAAUCCACCCUUCA